GGAAGGAAGCCAUGCUGCUGAUGCAAAGUCUGAACAAACUGGACACUCCAGAGCAGAAACUAGAAGCCAUCAUCAAGAAGCACGCUGAGCUGGUGGAGGAGCACCGCAGUGAUCAGAAGCAGAUGAAGACCCUGCAGAAGAAGCUGCUGCAGGUGGUGAAGGAGAAGGACCAGCUGCAGAGCGAACACAGUCGGGCCGUGUUGGCUCGCAGUAAACUGGAGGGGCUCUGCAGGGAGCUGCAAAGACACAACAAGACUUUAAAGGAGGAGACCCUGCAGAGGUGCAGAGAGGAUGAUCUGAAAAGGAAAGAGAUCACCACCCACUUCCAGGGGACYCUCAGUGACAUCCAAGCCCAGAUCGAGGAACACAGCAGUCGUAACACCAAGCUGUGUCAGGAGAACAGUGCUCUGGCAGAGAAACUCAAGACCCUCAUCUCUCAGUACGACCAGAGGGAGGCGAACCUGGAGAAGGUCUUYAAGCACAGAGACCUGAAGGAGAAGCUGCUGGAGACCAAGCUGACGCAGGCCAACCUGUUCCUGCAGGAGGCCGAGGACAAGCACAAGCUGGAGAAGGAACUCCUCCUCAAGCAGACAGCAGAGUACAAAGUCCAGCUGAAGAUCCUGAGGGAGCAGGAAGGAGACAUGAGGAGCCAGCUUGACAUGUACUCCCAGAAGUUUGAUGAAAUCCAAGGCACGGUGUCAAAAAGCAACAGUGUGUACAGCGGCUUCAAACAGGACAUGGACAAAAUGUCAAAGAAAAUGAAAAAGCUGGAGAAAGACUGUCAGUCGUGGAAGACUCGCUUUGAUGCCUGCAACAAGAGUCUCAUCGACAUGGUGGCAGAUAAAGCUGUGAAGGAAAAGGAGUUUGAGCUUCUCAUCACCAAGAAUCAGAAACUUGAGAGUCUGUGCAGAGCUCUGCAAGAAGAAAGGAAGAGUCUACAUGAGAAGGUGCAGGAAGUCCAACCAGACAGAAACACCUCGGAGGAAACAGAAACCGAGGAGGUGCAGGAGGCUCCCAAACACCUAAAAGAGGAGAACCCAGCUCAGAACGCUGCACCUCCUGCUGCUGCUGGAGAAGCGACGCCGCUGACCCAGAAACUGGCUCAACUGAAAGCUGAGCAGGCUUUCCUCAAGGAGCUCGCUGGUUCUUUCACAAUCUCUCAUGUUGCACCUUCAGAAACAGAAGCAAACCAAUCACAUGGACUUCCUGAGGUCCUCCAGGAGAAACACACAGAGACGAACCAUGAGGAGGAACUUCAACAACAGAAAGAAAAAGAAAUGGAAUCAGUUGAUUAAUGAAGAAACUCUGUAGAUGUACCAUUUCUAAAGAUAACAAUAAAAAUGCUCUUUGUUCA